AUGGAGAUUUCUCAUGCAUUUCUUCAACCGUUAUUCAAUGACAUAAGUACAGCAGAUAUAAUUCUUCGAGUUGAUAAUAUUCAUUUUCACUCUCAUGUCUGUGUAUUAUAUGCAACUUCUAGAUUUUUGAAUCAAUACUUUAAAUAUCAAAGAGCAAAACGAAAUAACUUCGGUUAUAUUAAUUAUAACUCUAUGCAAGAUCAUGAAAUCUUGUUACAUGAUUAUAGUUGUUCGAAAAGAAAUUUCAUUACAAAGUUGCAUGAAUAUAAAGGAGACCCGGAAUGUGAAAUGAAAUAUACUUGGACAGAUUUUGGAAAUUUUCUCGCAUAUUUAUACGGUUAUCCGAUGAAAGAAAGGAAAAAGGAUAAUUUGUAUGUUCUUGCAUACCUUGCGUCAAAAAAUAAAUUUGAUGUACCAGAAUUAUUGCAAAUUUGUGACGAUUUGUUACAUGAAAUGGCAA